AUGGGGGCAAACCAGUCGGUGCCCAAGAUCACAGCACAAGAUCGUGCAGUUCUAGACCUCAAAUUACAACGCGAUAAGCUCAGACAGUAUCAGAAGCAAAUACAAGGUAUCCUUGACCGAGAAUAUGAGAUUGCCAGGCUCCAUCUUGCGGCCGGUCACAAAGAGCGUGCCACAGUAGCCCUCAGACGCAGGAAGUAUCAGCAAGGACUUUUACUCAAGACUGAUGGACAGCUUGAGAACCUGGAACAGCUCGUAUCUACUAUCGAAUUCUCGAUGAUAGAGGUAUCAGUCUUGCAUGGCCUCAAGCAAGGAAACGAUGUGUUGAAGCAAAUACACAAAGAAAUGAGCAUCGAGAGCGUUGAGAAACUCAUGGAGGAAACCGCAGAAGCUCGGGAAUAUCAACAGGAAAUUGGAGAAAUUCUGUCUAAUCGUCUAACCCUUGAUGAGGAAGACGCUGUUCAGGCAGAACUCGCCGAACUUCAAGCCAAUGCGGUGCGUGAUUCGAAACCGAAGCGAUUGAUACCAUUUCUCAGAUGUCCGCGCAGCUCGGGGAGCGAGAGGUACCUCAACCAAGCGCCGAGCUACCAUCCCCACCGACCAUGCCACCAUUGGAUGGCCCCGAGGAAGACAAAGGUGAAACGUCGCUUGCCCCCCCUUGCAUGGACCUUGCUAACCCACUAUCAUCAAGUUCCAUCACGGCCAAGGGAACGAGUUCGAAUUCCCGCAUGA